AUGCCCAUAGCCAAGACCGAGGAUUCGGGGUCCACCGUGCCCGCUCGGGACACAGAGGAAUCGGCCCUCCCGGCAGAAUCCCACGUCCCGCUUGUUCCAGCCCUAGAAGAGCAGUCAUCCGCUGCCGGUCUGGCUAAGCAGCAGGCCACCGCGGACAAGCCAACAACAGCGAGCUCCCAAGUAUUGCGCGCAACGUUUUCGCGACACGCAGACAAGCAAGCCCCACCCAAGCCACCCAAAGACGUCAAGGCCGAAAGUGAGGUGUCAGGAGUUGCAGCAGAUGCCUCGGGCUCGACGCUUGCUGCUCCGAUUCCGUCCGAUGCGGGUGGCUGUGCCUCGAAAGAAGAUGCGCGACCGGCCUCCGCCGCUGCAGCCCACGUCUCGUCGGCCGCCGGGGCAGAGGCGAUGAUGCUUUCUGCCCCGCCUGCGAAAGACGUUCUCGGCGCUGGAGUGACCCCUGCGCAGGACACCGUGCUCGCCAGCGGCACUCAAGCCGCCACGUCACCUCCCGUGCCUCCUUUUAAGAGGACAAUGAGCUUGCGGGAAAGGCUCAAGGCGAGCAGAAACUUGAGUCCGAUCUCACUCCACCUGACAUCUUUCGACGUGGCCGCCAUGGCAAAGAGUCCCAAGGAAUUCCUUAGUGGAACGGUACAGUUCUUCACGAAGAGGCAUGGUAUUAUAAGCAUCGUGGUGCUCGCCACGCUCUUCUUGGCGGUGACGGCCUUUCUUCUCACACGCGCGUCCGACCGACCGAGGCGCAAGGAAAAACUGUGCGUCACAGACGACUGCCUCCUCCACGCAAGCCUCCUCAUGCGCGCUGCUGAGCGAAACAUUGACGCCUGCGACGAUUUCUGGGCCCACGUCUGCUCCAACUGGUCGCCGCAGAAACAGCGCAAACACUUGAAGCAAUUCGACGGGUCCACGAUGGAAGACAUGGUCUACUCCUGGUAUUCGGGCAUAAGUGCAACUUUAGAGCAAGGCUCUCAGGUUUUCCCUGUUGGCAAAAAGCCACUGGCCAUGCUAGAGUCUUGCAUGAGCAACUCCUCAAUGUACGGGUCCAAAAUACAGCAGUUACAGACGUUUAUGACGCAAUACCUGGAACUUUCCUGGCCUAAGCCACCUCACGAAAAUGUCGACGCCCUUCGCGUACUGAUUACGCUCGCCUACUUCUUCCAGGCUCCACUUUGGUUUGCAGUGCGACCGACCAUGGCACACCGACGAACAGAGGAAGGCCGGUGGACAAUCGUGCUCACACCAGCGCCUCUGAUCAACCGCUACUUUCGUCAGCACAGUGUUGUGAAAGGCAGCGGGCCGACCGCCUAUGUGAAAUACUGGAUGGAGUUCUACCAUGCUUUCUCCAACGACAGCACAGCAGCAAGAGAGGAGCGUGCAAUCAAAGCAGAGCAGCUCGAAGGAAAAAUUCUCAAAGAGCUCAGUGACGCCAUGAAGGCGUUACCAAAACGCCCCGCGGUACUUCCUAUUGGCCAACUGGAGACAUACACGCCGACUGUGAGUUCGUCCCGAUGGUUGGCGCACCUCCAGAGCACCGUCGACGUCUCGCUAAGUUCGCGAGACGCUGCACUCAUCACCGACGGAGCGUUUUUCGUUACUGUCGGCGAGUUGUUCAAGAACUACACGAACAAGCAGAUCUUGGAGUUCCUAGAGUGGCAGUUUGUCCAGCAUUACACGCCAGUGGUGGACAGCAGAUUCCUGAUAUCUAUGUAUGGCGACAAUAGCACAGCCAUAAACCUUCGAACUGCCUUCUGCAGCUACCACGUCGAGGUGCCGUACAAGGCGCUCAUUCCGUCUCUCCACUUUGCUGCCCAGAUAACAAACAGCGAUCAGCAAAUGAUCGACGACGGCUACAAGCGCCUCGUGUCGACGGCCGUUCGGCUCGUCAGCGAGUCUGCGUGGCUCGACUCUGAAAGCAGAGCGGUGGCUGCCGAAAAGCUCGCCUCUGCCGAUUUGAGACUCUGGCCUCCCGCAGCCUUCCUGGAUAAGGAAAAUUUGGCAAGGAUAUUUCGGGCUUUUCCAGAUGCUCUACCAUCGUUUGGGGAAUACUGGUUCGCGUCCACUCUAAGCUUGAUUAAUCUAAAUAGGACGCCAGAAUACGAAGAAGUGCUCGACAUGCCGCCAAACUAUGCGCUUCCUUACUUUGACUAUGACUACGUGGAGAACGCCGUGGCUGUCGCUAUCGGCGCAGUCAAUAUUCCUCUGUACUACAGGAGAGGCACCAAGGCCAUGUUCUACGGAGGAUUCGGGUUCUCGGUGGCAUUCCAACUUGCGAAGACCCUCGAUGAAGAAGGCAUUCGGUGGCAUCCAGAGGGGCGUCGUGUGAAAUCAAUUCUGAACGCCUCUUUGCAGGAAGCCUUCGACGACAGGUACAGUUGCAUCGCCAGAACCACAGCAGGAAACGAAACGUUGUUUCCCGAGAUACCGGCGCUGGAGAUUGCUUACACAGCGUUCCUAGACGAGGUCGGUGAUCCUGACAGCACGAUGCACCUAAGCAAGCAGCUGAGCGAGUUGAAAGUGUUCUUCAUGACCAUCUGCCACAUGACUUGCACGCGAAGUGGCGUCACCCAACCUUUCUCGGUAGACUGCAACAAACUCGUGCGACACUCGUCGGCUUUUGCCAAAGCGUUCCGUUGUCCAGUAGGAUCCAAAAUGAACCCGAAAAAUAAGUGCACCUUUUUUUACUGA